GCCCAGCAUCGCUUCACGGACCUGCUGACAGCGUUCACGGUUUGCUGUGCAUUGUUUCUUCCUAUAAUGGAUUACGGUGACAUUUAUAUAACAGAAGAGACAGAAUGGGACAACUGCAAUCGUCAGGUCGCUAAAAAUCCGGACGACUUUGAUGCUUGGGAAGCGUUAGUUAGAGCAUCAGAGGGUCUGGAAGGAGGUGUUAAUCGGAACUCGUCAAAACAAACGCUGGACACGCUUCGAGGUGUGUACGAUCGGUUUUUGACAAAGUUUCCUUUGCUCUUUGGUUACUGGAAAAAAUAUGCCGACUUGGAAUUUUAUGUCGCCGGCGUCGAAGCCGCAGAACGCGUGUAUGAACGCGGAAUUGCGGGAAUCCCUUGCUCAGUAGACCUCUGGGCCAACUACUGUGCUUUCAAAAUGGAAACGAGCCAUAAGUCAGAAGAAAUUCGAGAGCUCUUUCAAGCUGGUGCUGAGUCUAUCGGCCUAGAUUUUCUCUCACACCCUUUCUGGGACAAGUACAUUGAGUUUGAGGAGCGACAGGAACGACAAGACAAUGUUUUCCGGUUGCUGGAGAGACUUAUUCGUACCCCCUUGCACCAGUACGCUCGGUACUUUGAAAAGUUUAUGCAGGUUGCACAAACACAGUCGCUUAAUAUUUUACUUCCUGAAGACGUUUUGGCUUCGGUACGCGCCGACGUUCUUCGUGAACCCCCAAAAAUGGUGAAUGCCGGCUCGAAACAAAUGAAAUUGGAGCGUGGUGAACUAGAAAUUGAGCGUGAAAUGCGUGCUCGCAUUCACCGCAUUUUCCUUCAACAAUUCCAGCAGACACAAACCGAAACGGUCAAGCGUUGGACCUUCGAGUCGGAAAUAAAAAGACCCUACUUCCAUGUGAAGGAGUUAGACGAAACGCAGCUUACAAAUUGGCGAAAAUAUCUGGACUUUGAAGAGGUGGAGGGUGACUUCAACCGGAUUGUAUUUUUGUACGAAAAAUGUUUAGUUGCAUGCGCGCUAUAUGAUGAGUUCUGGUUUCGAUAUGCCAGAUGGAUGUCUUCAAAACCUGGUCACGAACAAGAUGUAAAAAUGAUAUACGAACGUGCAGCCGCAAUCUUCACUUCUAUUUCGCGGCCGGGCCUUCGCAUUCAAUAUGCCUUGCUGCAAGAAAAAUGUGGUAACGUGGAUACUGCACGGAUUAUUUAUCAAUCUAUUUUAACACAACUUCCCGGAAAUCUUGAGGCUGUCAUGGGCUGGGUUGGUUUGGAGCGUAGAAUCGCAGUGAACGGUGACCUCUCUAUGGCACGAUCGGUGCUCCGAAGUAUUGUCAAUGAGGGCCAAUGCGAUCCUUCGACAGCCGCCAUUUUUAUUACCGAAGAUAUCAAAUUAACAUGGAAAAUUGAGGGCAAUAUUGAAGCUGCCCGCCAAGCUUUUCAACAAAACGCAGUUGCUUUACGUGACAGUCGCUACUUUUGGAUAAAUUAUCUCACCUUUGAGCUUGAGCAGCCUCUUGAUACCCGAAAUGCAGCAGAACACUUUGAGCAUGUUUCCUCGAUAAUAAACACGAUCCGAAAAGAUACCAACUUGCCCCCUCGCACCAUCAAAGAUCUUGCACGGUUAAGUAUGGAUUAUUUGUUGAAUCGGGCACAGCAUCCUAAUGCGAUUCAACUGUACUUUGAACUUGAUCGUGACACAUUUGGACCCUUUAGUGUUCGGAAGCAUGAUCAAUCUCGCCUUGUGCAAAAUGGAAAUAUCAGCGAGGUAGAAGCCCGCCUACUUUCCAUGCAGGGUCAUCCCGGCAUUGCGGUGAAUGAAGCCAGGAUUAAAAUGGGUGAGUCGCCUUAUGAAAAAUACUUUCGUUCACAAGGUAUCAUGAAAGGUUCAACCGCCCAACUUCCCACCGCCCAGGCAUCAUACCAGACUACUUCAUACGCGUCCCGGCAGUAAUGUUAAUUUUGAUUAAAAGUUGAGUCAUGAAUUCAUAAUACAAUGGACAUGAUAGUUGCCCUGUCGUUUAUAACAUGUGUAUAACAAUAUGAACAAAACCGUCGGUAUAGCAGAGUUCCUGGUUUAGCAAA